CUGAUUCAGUAAUAAAAUCACGGAAUAAGGUGAUGCAUUGGACAGUCACACUUCUUGGUUUUAUUUCUGUCAGCUAAGCUCCAAUGGGGGAUAAAUACUGUUAGGCUUCAUGGAAGAGAUAGUUUACAAGAGGAUUUGAGAAAUGGAAGUUCUCUGAGAACCACUGAGGGCUGACUGGUUUUUUAAUAAGUUCAAGGAGGAAAGGGAAAGGAAAGGAACAUGAACAGUCCAACUAGUUAAAUUAGCCGCAGUAAAAAAGUUUUUUUUUUUUAAUGCAGAUUGGGAGAAGACGAUUUAAUCUUUAGGAUUUAAUAAAGAAUUAGUCAUCCUUCAUUGAAAAGGGUUUAUUAAUGGACUGGGGAGCUGCCCUACUACUGUGGGCCACUAGGUGGUACCGGCAGCCUAAGGCUUCAUUGCUCACACAAGCUACUCUAAAAAAGAGUAAGUUGGGAGAAAGGACGGAAGAACUAGAGAAGGGGGGAAGACGGAGAGAGGGGGGAGGGAGGAGGAGUCGUCAGCUGAGCUCAGGAGAGUCAAUAACUCUGUGAGUCUAUAUAAGGGCAGCUGGAGUGGAGGUAAUUGAUGCUUUUGCUCUCCGGAUUUGAGAAUUCCUGCCUUCCCCGGUGAUGACAUCUUGUUCCAGGCAGACAUCACAACCUAUAGAUUUGAGGUGUCCUGGGAGAACUGCAACUUCCAACAGUUGGGGGAGAAAGAGUGCUGUCUGGGAACAGAAGUAAAUGCUGAAGGAACGGUACCGGACUGUUCUCUCUGGAUCACAUAUUUGCUAAUAGCAAAUUCCCUGGAAAGAAGAGAGUCCCUUCCUCUCAUGAUGAACUCCUCUAUUUUUCUGCACACCUUGGAUCUCAACUUGAGCUCUUUGGGGGGCAACAUGUCAGGACCCAUGAUCAAGAGCAAGUCAUCACCCUGUGAACAAGUGGGCAUAGCUGUCGAGGUGUUCCUGACCCUUGGUAUUGUCAGCCUCUUAGAGAACAUCUUAGUCAUCGGUGCCAUAGUCAAAAACAAGAACUUACAUUCUCCCAUGUAUUUCUUUGUGUGCAACUUAGCUGUUGCAGACAUGCUAGUGAGUGUGUCCAAUGCCUGGGAGACCAUCACGAUUUACCUAAUAAACAAUAAGCAUCUAGUGAUGGAAGAUGCUUUUGUGCGCCAUAUAGACAAUGUAUUUGAUUCUAUGAUCUGCAUCUCUGUGGUGGCCUCCAUGUGCAGUUUGUUGGCCAUUGCAGUGGACAGGUAUGUCACCAUCUUCUAUGCCCUGCGUUACCACAACAUCAUGACAGUGAAGCGAUCAGGGAUUAUCAUUGCUUGCAUCUGGACCUUUUGUACUGGUUGUGGGAUCAUCUUCAUCCUUUACUAUGAGUCUACUUAUGUUAUUAUUUGUCUCAUUACCAUGUUUUUCACCAUGCUGUUCCUUAUGGUAUCUCUAUAUAUCCAUAUGUUCCUCCUGGCUCGAACUCAUGUGAAGAGGAUCGCAGCCCUGUCAGGCUAUAGUUCGGUUCGGCAGAGGAUCAGCAUGAAAGGGGCAAUCACCUUGACAAUGUUACUUGGUGUUUUCAUUGUUUGCUGGGCUCCAUUCUUCCUCCACCUCAUCCUAAUGAUUUCGUGUCCCCAGAACCUUUACUGCAUUUGCUUCAUGUCCCACUUCAACAUGUACCUCAUACUUAUCAUGUGUAAUUCUGUGAUUGACCCUCUGAUCUAUGCCUUCCGCAGCCAGGAGAUGAGGAAGACCUUCAAAGAGAUUAUUUGUUGUUAUGGACUUAGAAUGACCUGUGGGUUCCCUAUCAAGUAUUAAAGACACAUUAUUUUUAUUUUGUUUUUUCUUUCUCAUUUCCUUUUUGGACAAAGACAGAUAGUUGCUGUAGAGGGGUGGAUAAUUUUGUUGCUGGCAAACUACAAAUCCAGCCAUGUGUUAACUUUGCAUAUUUUUUUUUGCACUUCAAAAAUCAGAUGCAUGCUUUUCUCUCUGCUUUGUUUGGAAUGAUAACCAAUACCUAACUAUCCACAUGUGGCUAAUCCACUUUUGAUACUGUCUAUGUCAAAUUUCUAAAUUUCAGGUUGACUCUUUCCUUUUUUUCUCCUUUCCCCUCAUCUAUGUGGUUCUUGUUGGUACUGUUUGCUUGGGAAAUGGAAAUUAACCUUAGCAUUAGCCUGAGCAAAACAAAAUCAAGGAAGUAACUGCUUCCUUGCAAAAGAAAGAAAUCAUGCAGUCUAUUUUCAGUCCAAAUCCAAGUGAUUAGAGAAAUAUUUUCUGUGUGUAAUCCAAUGGGCUAAUAUUCCUCCCCCACCAUUAGCAUAGAGUCAAUUGAAUUUUUUUUAAAAGUGAUGUAUUUUGACCCCUUAUGCAUCUUUUCUCCUAUAGAAGCAGUUACAUGAUGGCUUGAUGCUCAUUAGCGUUAGGCACACUUUCUAAAAGGGAUAAGAGAACACUCUAACCCUAACUUUGCCUUCUUGAGAUCUAUCCACAUCAUUGAAAUACCUCAUUUCUCUCCCUUUUGCCCAAUUUUAUGGUUUUGGGUAUGUAUUCAUUAAGUGCCUGCCAGUGGACUUUUCAUAUCUCUAACAAAAAUUAUGUUGUAAUACUUGUUAUAUCUUUCUGUGACUUCUCUGAAACUCAUUUUUGUUGCCUGAUUCCAAUCAGAUUAGCUUUUUUGGGUGACAUUUCCUGGGCCUGUCCCUUAGCCUUAACCAUAAGAAAAGAACAUCUGUAAGUAAGCUCCAUAAAUUAUGCUGUAACAUAUUUAAGGCAAAGAUAUGCCACUCAUUGAACAUGUCCAAGUUCUGUCUCCUGUUGACUCACAUUGACAUCAAAGUCUAGUGGCAAGCCGAAUCUGCAUAUGUUUUGUAUCACUUUGUACUGAUUUUCACUUAAGACUAACAGUCUAAAAAGUAGUGGUCUACUUCUCUUUUCCUCACCCAAGAAGUAUAUCUGAGGGGGGUUGAAUGUAGUUUUGGUAUUAAAUCGAUUUGCUUUAAUUUUGCUCACUUUCACUGAGAAUACCCCCAAAGUAGGAAAUGAUAUAAAAAGAACAGUAGUGGAUAUAGAGCAUCUGACAAUUGGCCAUUUAGGUCCAGGAUCUAAAAUAUAGGGCUCCUUCCCUGAAUGUUCUCAUCUGAGUUCUACUCCAUAUUGGAUUGGAUAUAGAAGAAUUAAUACAAAUGUGACUACUUUCUUGAAUAGAGUGAUACUGAAGAACUCAGGUUCACUGGAGACAGGAGUAAAAUACUGAAUUUGAAGUGAGAGGACUUGGGCUUGAAUCCUAGAUCUGCCACUAUCUGUGAAGUCUGGGGCAACCUUUCUAGGCCUCAGUUUUCUAACUUGUGAAAUUGGGGAGUUGGAAUAGAUGAUUUCUGAACUUCUUUCUAGCUGUGUCUGAUUACUAGAAUAUCAAUAUAAGAAAACUAGAGGUGGUCUUAAGAGCCUUACAUGGCUCCAUAUCAAGAAAGUCAUUCUGCCUGUUAUGGAAGUAACCCUGGGAAUUGUUUUGUGAUCUUCAAUUUCUAGGCUAACCACCCAUUCACAUAUGAUCUUUUAUAUUUCUCUAGAAAAUCUCAAUAUGCUUAUUUUAUUUUUUACUGAAUAGUUACUCCAGACUGGAUUUUUGUUAUUGACCCAGUGGAACUGAAUGCUCUAUGGGGGAGGGAGGGUGUAAUUUCAUGGUAUUUCUUUUGUGAGUGCCCCUGGCUACAAUAUGAUUGGUUAAAACUUUCCUUCAUGGUGCUUCUCAUUUGCCAAAAGAGCAGGACCUUUUAUUUUCAGGUCCUCAUAUAAAUGCUCAAAAUGUAUUUUAGUCACUCUGUAAAUAACUUAGAAACUACGUAAAACUUUGGACCUUUAGCUGGAAGAACUGAAUAUAUCCUGGGUAAUGUGAAUAAUUGUAAAUGAGAAACCAAACCAAAUAUAUAUCCAUUUUAUGUGUUUGAUGUUCUGUUUUCUUGGAGCUGUUUAGUGUAAAUUAAAGUAAUGGUUAAUAAAAUCAAGGAACUAGAAAAA